AAAACCCACUUCUAUCCCCACUUCCAUUCGAAACAAACUUCUCUUCCUCUCAUUCCUCUUUCUCCCCUGCAAUCAAUCACUCCUUCCAUUUUCUCUUCUUCUCUUCAGUUAUGGAUACUGCAGCAGGUCCAAGUCUCUAUCCAUUGCAUCAUAGCAAAACUAUUCACCUGGUUAGGCAUGCCCAAGGAGUUCAUAAUGUAGAAGGAGAAAAGGACCAUGAUGCUUACUUAUCUUAUGAUUAUUUUGAUGCAAACCUAACCCCUCUUGGAUGGAAGCAGGUUGAAAAUCUGCAAAAGCAUGUGAAGGCUAAUGAACUUCCCAGAAAAAUUGAACUAGUUGUUGUUUCCCCAUUGUUAAGAACAAUGCAAACAGCUGUUGGAGUCUUUGGUGGGGAAGCAUACCCUGAUGGAAUUAGUGAACCUCCUCUGAUGGUGGAAAAUGUGGGACACAGUGAUCAUCAUGCUGUUUCUUCUCUGAACUGCCCACCAUUUCUUGCUGUAGAGCUUUGCCGAGAGCAAAUGGGACUCCAUCCUUGUGAUAAGAGAAGAACCGUUAGCGAGUACCGACACAUGUUUCCAGGAAUUGAUUUUUCAUUGAUUGAAACCGACGAGGACACUUGGUGGAAACCCGAAAGAGAGAAGAAAGAAGAAGUUACUGGUAGGGGACUGAAGUUUUUGGAAUGGUUGUGUACACGUAAAGAGAAGGAGAUAGCUGUUGUUACCCACAGCAGUUUUCUGUUUAAUACCCUCAGUGCUUUUGGAAAUGACUGUCACCCAAAUAUCAAGACUGAAAUGUGCAAACAUUUUGCUAAUUGUGAACUACGCUCCAUGGUUAUUGUUGAUAAAGGUAUGAUUGGAUCUACUAAUAAUUCAACCACCAACUAUCCUGGCAAAAUUCCUCAUGGUCUGGAUCUUCCUAGUGAUGCUACUGACUAGAAAAAUAUUACUGAAAUUCAAGGAAUGGGCUGACCAAAUAAUUGUUCUUGGUAGUAUGUAACAGCCUUGGAAUUUUCUUCAGUACAGAGUAUAUUGAUUGAUUUCUUAGUCGCAUUUAAGGUAUAAUAUUUUUGUUUCUUAGGAAAUAAAAGUAUCUCCGUAAGAACAAUUUUAAAAUUCCUUGUACGAGGGAGUAAGUAUAUCAGUUUUUUAAAUAGAUGAUUAUUUUUAAGAUAUGAAAAUAUUUU